AUGAAUUUCGAGUACGUCAAAGAGCCCCAGGGCAAGUUCGAAGAGGCGGUUAUCGAAGCCGGCUACCCGUGGGUCCGGACCAACACCAUCGAGAAGACUCGAAUGGCAGACUUUGAUCCAUCCUACAUCGAUCGCCUGAACGCCCACUCGCAUAGCGGCACUAAUACGCAUCUGAUUGUGGACGGCGACCUCAGAUUUAACGUCAAGAGGGCCCAGGGCGGCGAUCUCGACAGCCGAGAGGCGUGCGACAGCGGAGACAUAUGUUACCAGCACGAGUUCUACGUCUUGGAGAAGGCAAGCUACUCGGCCACGACCACGACCGGUGCGACCUUCGUGGAGGGGCAUCGAUGCCUCAGUCCUACCACGGCGGAGCGGUUCAUGGGCCGAGGCACGCUCACAGCCAGGCCCGUCGCGGAGGUCGAUACGAAGCAGCUGCCAGCCAGAACCGCACCGGCCAAGAGCAGUUCCAAAACCGCUUCCAGCAGUGUGGGAUCUUGGCCCAGGAACCUGCAAUGGCCCGGCGAUGACAAGAUCAUGGCGUGGCUGCGAGGCGUCGUGUUUCUCCCCGGCCCGCCGACGUCGAUCGCUUGGGAGAGCCCCGUUGCCACCGAGGACGAUAUGGCGGCACGACGGUGUAUCGAGCGCUGGUUUGCGAAAGAGUGGCGUCACGCGUCGAGACGCAUCACGCACCCUGUCAAUUGCGGAGAACUCCAUGGCUACAUCAAUGACAGCAAUCUUGAGGGCUCAGUUGGCGACGAUGAAGACGACCAAGAUGACGAGAUUCUCCUGGGAUGA